AUGUUCCCGAAGAACCGGAGGGGCAAGAAGGGGAAACCCACCGGCGGCAACGAGGACUCCGAGAACAUAGGCGCAGGGGAGGAGUUCGACUGGGACAAGUACGUUGCCGCACGGCGGAAGCUCCACCGGGACAUCGCGGAGAUGUGGGCGCGCGCCGGGCGGCUCGCCGAGGAGAUCGGCAGGUCGCGGGCGGCGGAGGGUGCCGAGGCCGUCCGACAGCUUCGGAAGUUUGCAGACCGCUUCGCGAACGUUGAGAUCAGCAAGCUGAGGGAGAACGACCCGAAGAAGGCCGAGCGCAUAUUCCGGCGGUUCCUAGAGCAGGGCGCGGAGGUGCUGUGCGCUGCUGGCGCCGCGGACCCGCAGGGUGCCGUCUCCUGCGUAGCGAUGCAGCUGAAUUGCCCGCUCCUCAGCGUCGCGCCCUCCGACGAGCUUCGGCGGCGCUGCGACGCGCUCCUGGAGGCCAUCCUGGCCCUGCCAGACAUCUUCGACAGGCACGUCGCCCCCGUGGAGGGCGUGGUGCAGAGGAGGCAGGAAGCCGCCCGGCAGGCGGCGGCGGAAGCCGUCGGCAUUCGGCUGGUGCUGCUGGUUCCGGACGCGAGCGCCACCCUCACCAGGGGCGGCGUGGAGCUGCCCGGCGUGAGCCGCGUGGACGUGGAGCUGCCGCCGGGCUCGACGCUGGCAGACCUGCGCGAGGCGGCGCUGCGGACGUGCCGCUGCCCUGGCCUCGCGGGCGCGGCGCCGCGGAUGUUCUGCGGCAGCCGCUUCGUCGGGGGCGCGGGCGACACGCCGCUGGCCGAGGUCGAGGCCCUGCAGUCUGGCCUUCCCGUGCAGUGCCUGCCCAGCAACUCGGCGCUCCGCCACGCGGGGAGGCAGGCGGGGGCGGCGGCGGCGGCGGCGGCGGCCGCGGCGCCGCGCCGGGGCGGCACGGAGGCGCCCGCGGCGUCCCCGAGCGCCACGGCCGCGCAGGCGCCGCCAGAGGUCCACCCGCGGCCCGCUCCAGACCACAGGCCCUCCGCGCGGAUGCUGGCUGGCGGCGGGCUGGAGGAUCGGCACGGGGCGCUGGUAAAGGCGCAGGGCAGCAGGGACCUCGGGCCAUCGAAGCCGGGGGCGGACGAGGCGCGCCUGGCGGCAGAGCGGCGGGCGAAGGAGGCGCUGGAGAGACAGGCCGCGCAGCAGUCCGCUGGCGACGACGAGUUCUUCGACGACUUUUUCGCCGAGGCGAAGGCCGCUGAGGUGGACCCAGCACAGGGGCGCCCCGAGGUCGAGCAGCCGACGGAGCCUGCUGGCGGGCAGGGCCUCGCGGGGGCGGCUGGCCAGGGUGGCAACGACUGGUUCGACGACUUCUUCUCGGAGGCCGAGGGGACCUCCGGCGCUGGGCCGCAGAAGGAGCAGGCGGGCGAGCGGACGGCACCCAGCGCGGCUGGUGGCUCCAGACGAGGCGACAGGCGGCCUGGGCAGGCGGACGCUGGCGCCAUCGUGGCGGCCGCGGGCGAGGAGGACCUGCGGGUGCGGCGGCGCAGAACUUGCUGGGACGAGAGCUGGGAGCACUCCUGCGCGGGGGAGCUGCGCGCGGACGGCUCCGGCAUCUUCUGUCACCCGUGCGGCGCCUGGAUAUCCACUGCGGAGCCCUACGACCACCGCGGUUUCGAGCUCCACUGCGAGAAGGUUGGGCACUACGGCUGGAUCGAUUGA